GAACCUACCUACUGACCCUGCUGACUGGCCUUCAGUUUUGACAGAGAAAAUUCACACACUUCUGGUUCGCAGAGGACCAAGUCAAGUAAAACCUGACUUUGUUUUUCCUAGGAACGAGAGUGAUGGAAGAAGUUGCCACCACCACUACUUUAGGAAAACAUUAGUUAGUGGUGAAAAAAUGGUUAGAAGUUGGUUGGUGUAUUCUGAAAAAAACAUCAGUCUUUUUUGCUUUUGUUGUAAGUUAUUUUCUAAAAAGAAUAUAAGUCUAACAAAUUCAGGACUUACAGACUGGAAACAUUGCAGUUCUCUUCUCACCUCACAUGACAACAGCCCUGAACACUUAAAUUCAAUGAAAGCAUGGAAAGAGUUGGCAGUAAGGAUCAAAAAAGAGGCAACAAUUGAUAAACAUGAGAUGGCACUUUUUGAGGCUGAGAGAUUAAGAU